GGUGAGCGGUGUAACAGCCGUUGGCUUGCUCAACGGGCUUUGACAGCAGCUCGCUGUGGACACGGCCGUUGUAUAGUAUGUCAGUUUGAAAGUUCACAGAGCUACCGUAGGGUUGCUUAGCAGAUAAAGUGUUAACACUGACAGUUUAAUAAAACCGACCUUUUUAAAUUCUAGCCGUCCCAAUGGCAUCUACUCAGAGUUUCGUGUCUGGGUUUUCCCUGGACCUGGGGCCACUGAAAGAACCUCUCGGAUUUAUGCGUGUCUUAGAAUGGGUCUUUGCUAUCUUUGCGUUUGCCACCACUGGAGGUUACUCUGGAACCACCCACAUCACUGUCAAAUGUCCCCAAACCGGUGAUGUUGAUGUUCAGGCUGUGUUUGGCUACCCCUUCAGAUUGCCAGCGCAUCCAUUUAAGGUUCCUUUAUGUAACGUCAGUCAACCCAACACCACCUACCUCCAGGGUGACUAUUCCUCCUCUGCAGAGUUCUUUGUCUGUGUCGGUGUGUUUGGCUUCCUGUAUUGCACCGUUACUCUAAUCAUCUACUUGGGCUACCAGAAUGUCUACCGUCAGACCAGUCGUGGUCCCAUCAUUGACCUGCUGGUGACUGCUGCCUUUGCCUUCCUGUGGCUUGUGUCCUCCUCAGCUUGGGGCAAAGGCCUGACUGAUGUCAAAUGGGCCACCAAUCCCAAUCUCCUAGCACAAUUAUACAUAAAUAGUGAACCAGGAGAGUUUCCUUCUAUGGGUCGCCUAAAUGCUUCAGUGAUUUUUGGCUUUCUCAACCUGAUCCUCUGGGCAGGAAACUGCUGGUUUAUUUACAAGGAGACGCCUUUCCACAAAGACACUAGCCAACCAGCCACAAUGGAGGAAGAAGGAGUCCCUGGGCCUUAACCCUUCCCCUGAGCAGCCUUAAGCUCAGCCAUGUCCCACAACGUGGUGCCCUAGAAUCAUCUCUUAUGUUAAUUGCUGAAAUGGAAAAAACAGAAGGCCAACUGUCAUUUACCCUCUCUUCAGCUCUCAAUACAUUGCUUAAGCUUUGGCUUCUGUCCAAACAUCUCCUCCUGCCAUAUCUCUGCGCUGUCAAGUCUUUGAAACACUAAAUGCAAAUACAAAGCUAAAUACUUUAAUGCUGUGUUAGCUGGAAGUCCUGUCUGGUUUGAUUGGCUUUAAAUUUCAAGUUUGAUAUCUAUGGUCUUCAGUGAAGCAAAGCUGCAGUGCAUGUUCUGUGUGAGCUCACCCCCUGCUUUAUGAUAAACCACUCAUCAUAGAGAUCACAAUUAUGACUUGCUGACCAGCAGCCACAUUUAAAGACCCGCCAGCCAAUGCUUAAACGGCUGAAACACACAAAAAAUGUUUUGUUAUUUUGUUCACACCACAGUUUACUUCAGUGUUUUCUUUUGUAAUUCAGCCUAGAAAGCAAACCUUUCUAAAAAGUCUUUGGAACAAGUUGAUGGUAUUUUUGUUUUCAGUUCAGACUGGAUUGUUUUCAAUUACCUCACAGUGGAGCCGAAGCAAGGCAAACUGGGUGUAUCCCUGAAAUGUAAAGUUGAACAUGCUCAAUAACACUAAGAACUGUCUCCAUUUGAACCAAAAUGUGCCUUACUGUGAUAUUAUUUAUAUACAGUUAAUGUGACUUUUUAUCAACAAUUUCCUGGGAAUUUGUUUUCUCUGAAGAGAAGGUUCAGUAAACAGGUUCUAUGCAUAGUCAUUUUUUUUUUUGUGAUGUGAUUUUUGUCAGCAUAAAUGUUUGCAUUGUACUAGGAAUGAAUAUAACUGUAUGGAGGGGAUAAUGGAUGCUAUGUUUUAAACACUACCAAGGAAGUAUGUCAUCUGAAAUUGAUUUAAACUCUCAGCAGCAGUUUUAAAGGUUUAUCAGACAGUAAUAUGUUGUAUGUUUCUCUUGUGGAUUAUUGACAAUGAACUUUGUUUUUAUGCUUACUUUGUGCAAAAAGAAGCAAUUAUUUUUUUCUGUAUUGACACAUUAAACACAACAUCUGCACAGCU